CUUGAUCUAAAUAUUGUACUGAAAGAUUUUGAGAAAUUCGGUGUUGAAACUCAUUAAUCAUCAUCUAAAUAGCAAAUUUGACAAUAUGAAAAAACUGUCCAUCGAAGCAAUUUCGAAAUUUUCAAUUUCAUUCAUCACAAUUUAUUUAAUUUUGAUCGAUGGUCAUAUACCGCUGUUAUUUGCCUUGGAGCCAUCAAACAUUGCUACUACCUCUACGAAUUUGAAUAAUAUUACAGAUGAUCAAGCAAAAUUAAACAAAAAUGAUAAACAAUUUAUACGAUAUCGUGAAGAAUUUGAAAAAAUUCUUGCUAAAUGGUCCAACAAUUCAAAAGGUUGUGAAUGCGAUUCUAUUCUGGACUAUUGUGACAUAGAUUGCUGUUGUGAUCUAAAUUGUACAGAAAUUGAUCGCUAUUCAUUUGGACAAUGUUUGAAAUUUGAACAAUCCAAAUUCAUAUCGGACAUAUCCGAGAUUCCAUCAUUAUCAAUGUGUCUACACUCUACUAACAAUAAUAACGGUAAUCAAAAGCAAUUAUUCUAUCAAUCAUCACCAUUAUUAUGUUUGGCCAAAGAAAAUACUUUCCGACGGCAAUCAUAUGUCCAUCAACCGAUUAUUAUUGAAAGAAAUCAAUUAGAUCGAAUAGAAUCAAAACAUAAAUUUCGAUUUGGUCAAAUUGUGGUUCCAAUGAAAUCCAUUUUCAAUGAUGAUAAUGAUGAUGAUGAUGAUGAUGAUGAUGAUUAUGAACAACGAAUAAUACAAAAUAUAACUAAAAUCCAAUCAUUGGUUCAAUAUAAAUCCGGUUCUCCGAUAAUUCGUUUCCGUUUUCGGACAUUAAGUAAUCAACAACAAAAACAGAAGCAACAAAAAAAUCAUACCAUACUAGAAUAUUACCAUUGGAAAUUACCCAUUUCAAUCAAUAGUCUUAACAACAUCAAUAAUCGAAUGGAUGUUUGUAGUGGCCGUCUUGAAAUAGUGAAAUAUUUAAAAGAUUAUCAAUCGAUUUGUCUUCGUAUUGUUCCAACGAAUUUAGCCGAAGAUUGUACCGGCAAUCAAUUUUUCGAUUAUCGAACCUAUCUACAGCCAAAUGUUUUUAUAUAUCAAACAUUUAUUAAUUCUGAGAAAUUCAACACCAGUUCAAAUAAUAGUAGCUAUAAAUUUGUUCGAAUAGAAACGGAUGGAAAACAUUAUGAACAACCAUAUUACGAUUCUGAAACAAAAAUUUGCCAUAAUGUUGUUGAAAAAGUUGAUUAUUUAGUAUGGCAUGAAGGUAUACAGGGCAUAAGACGAAUACAAAUAUGGAUAGGCCAAAUCGAUUUGCCUUCAAUAAGCAAUUUUUCGGCCAUUUAUUUGCAAUCUAGAAAAUUUAUUCAACAAAAAUUCAAUGUAACAUUCCGUUGGUUUGGAAGGAAAUUACCAACAACAAUAACAAAAACAUCAUUAACCGAUGAUAAUGAUGAAAAUUGGUUACAGAAUCGGCCCACAACUAAAGGUUAUAAAUAUGGUCAGGAAAUCAAAUUCAUACGAAUCGAUCAAAACCAUACUUUUCAUCGAAUUGAAAAAAGAAAUUUUCUUCUUGGUACCUAUGCAAAAGGUUUAUGUGAUCAUGAUGAAAAAAUUGCCGAUUCAAUUUUGAAAUUUGGCUGGAAUCGUUAUGAAAUAUGUCGUUUAUCAUUGAAUAAAAUUAUGAAAACGAUGACUGUGAAUAAAACCGAUAAUCAACAACAACGACAACAAACAACAAAAUCAGUGUCAUGCACGGUCAUCAAAUCUAGUGUUGGUAAAUAUUUGGAUUUUUUCGACUAUAAUGAUGAUGAUGAUAAUCGAACAAAUAAUUCAAGCUAUUUAUUUAUCGGAUCAUAUCCACCGACUAGAUUGGAUUUAAUCCAAAAUGAUACUUCUAUAGUUUGGAUUCGGCCAUUAAUACGAGAAAUAAAUUCCACUAUUUUAUCAAUGAAUAAUAAUAAAAAUAAUAAAAAUAGUCAGACUAAUCAUUAUAAAAAUCAUUUACAAUGUACAGAAGAAAUAAUUACCGAAUUAAUGUACAAUUUUUUCAUUAAUCGUAUCGAUCAAAUCCAUUAUCGAAUGAUUGGCGUGGAAAUUGUACGAAAGAAAUCCAUUUUAAAUUACAAAUGUACAUCAUCGAAUAAUAAUGUGGAUAAUGAUAAUGAUGAUUGUAAUUUAACGAUCGAUUUACGUACAUACGUAAACUUUAUAGACAUAAGCGAACCAUUUGUGCCGAAAUAUGCACCGGCACCUUCAUUUCGUGUUGAAUUACCGGCUGAUUUUUUCUAUCCAUUUACACCGUCAGUUUCAUCGAAAUCAUCAUCAUCAAUUGGAUUUCAAUUUAACCAUUAUUCAUCAUCCAUCAUUCAUGUAUUCAUGGUCAUGAUCACUAUAACAAUUAUCUAUUUUUAUUGAAAUUUUUUUUUCAUUAUUAUUUUAUCACCGAAAGAUUUUACUUCAUCCAUUUUCAUGAGAUUCAUAUAUAUAUUUAUUUCGAAUCAAUUUUGGUAAUUAUCUUUUUAGCCAUUUAUUAACUGUCCAUACAAAAAAAAAAUAAUAUCUACAAACAGAGAAAAAAAAGAUUAUAAUGAAUGAAUUAUGAAUGUAAACCAAACAUAAACAUAUAUAACCCAUAUAUAAACAUAAAAAAACAAAAAAAAACGAUAAAAUCAAUGUAUGACAUUUUUUUACACUGGACAAUUUCCAAAUACCAACACACCAAAACACACACAUACACACACACACGGACCAGAGAUUUUUCUUUUCAUUCUAAAUAAUUUAUCCUAAUAAAUCCAAAAUGGUCCAAAUUGGACAGCUAACUAUUUGAAAACAAAAAACAUGAAACAGUUUUCAUAAUUGUGAUUGCAUUUCUUUGAAUUAUUUAGGAAAAAAAAAAAA